CAAGCCCGCGGGGCCGACCCGGUCGGCAUCCGAACCCAACGCCUCUGAGAGCCUUAAACCCCGACCCGAGCCUGUCAGACUGACAUCGCUCGACCAUUUUCCCAUUUCCAUUCCCAUCCCAAUUCCCAGCGGUUUCAUUUCCACCUCCUCCUUUUCCAAUUUCGACUCGAUUCGAAACAGGAUACCAAAUGCAUGAUCGAUCCCACAAGCCGCAGCCGGCGGAGGCCGGCAACGGCGGGCCGGCUGGCGAGGGCGGCGGCGGGAACGUGGAUCGGGUGCUCUUCAAGAACCUCGUCGAGAUGGUGCCGCUCGUCGAGUCGCUCAUGGACCGGAGGGUCAACCCGGCAUACUCGCGUCGCGCUUCGCUGGUCUACACGCCGGCGCCGCCCAAGAAGGCAAGCGAUUUGAAAAGUGUCAAAUUGCCACAGAGCGUAUCAGCCAAAAAGCGGAGAGACCCUGGUGAUAUAGCCAAGAAGAGCACCCCAGAUUCUAACGGCGACAACGGUUCAGUUGUGCCAUUAUCUCUGUCAGGUGCUGAAAAUAUGCCCAAGGAUGAGGUUGCUGUGCUAAGCGAGCAGAUCAAUGACCUACAAAAGAAGCUGCUUGAGAAGGAGGAGGCACUGAGGUCUGCGGAGAGCUCUGUGACUGAGAUGAAUGCAGCAUAUGCAACUAUCGAUGAACUCAGACGCCUGGUGGCUGACAAAGAAGCUUUGAUCAGAUCUACCAAUUCUCAGUUGCAUGAUGCAAAGAUUAUGCUUGCAGACAAGCAAGCGUCUUUAGAGAAACUUGAAUGGGAGGUGAAGAUGUCAAAUAAAAAGGUCGAAGAUCUUCAAGGAGAUAUGUCGAAUAUGGGAUUCGAGAUAAGCUCAUUGAUGGUAUUUUUCGAAAAAAUUUCAGAGAAUGUUUCAGGUGACUCUUAUGAUGAUAUAAUACCAUCAUCAUAUGAAUUAGAGACACUUCAAUCAAUGAGUGAAAUUGACAAGAUUGAGGUCGACAAGCUAGACAAGGAAAGGGUUACAUAUGCUGAAGCUCUGGCGGCAGCGAGAGAGAACCCUGACGAGGAGCACUUGAAUAUAGCUGCGGAGGCGAGGUCAAGGCUGCAGGUCCUUGUACUUUAGUGUCCCCUUCUGAUUAUAGCGUUUGUAUGAUAAUGUUGAACUGCUGAUGUAAUUGUAUGUGUUGGCUUGAGUUGAGGUGCUCGUGGAAUCCUUCCGGUGAUUGAUUCAGCACUGUAAACUGACAGCUGUUUCAUGUUGUAACCAUAUUUAAGGCAUGUUUGAUUUCUUU